GAUUACAUUUAAAUUUAUUUAACAUUUUUUAUACAAAGACCAGUUUCUAACAUAAGAUGCAUAUAUACAGUAUACCUUGCAUACAAAUGUACUCUAUAUUUUAUGUAUUUAAAACUAAAACUUUAUACUUUUUCAGAUUUUUUUUAUAUGCAUAUUUAUAAACAGCAAUUUAAAUUAUUUUCUUUAAUUUUAAAUGCCAUGAAAAUGUGUGCCUGGUUGUAUGUCUAAUUAUGGUAUACAGAAGGAAUACACUAAUGUUUUCAGUUUUCCCAAAGAUCCUAUUCGAUGUAAACAAUACAUUAAAGCAAUACAUAGAAAAGAUAUUGAACCAAGUACUAAUUCUGCAGUUUGCAUACAUCAUUUUGAUGAACAGUUUAUUAUUAGAGAAGAUAGCGCAGUGCGUGAUGAUGGUACUAUUCUCACUAUUCAACAUAAACAUCCUAGUCUAAAAAAGGAUGCAUUUCCUACAAAAUUUCCAAAUCAGCCAUCAUACUUAUGUACUAUACUUCCAACAAAAACGUGCAAUCCAGAAGAAAGAUCAACUGAAUUGCUUGAAAGAGAAGAAAAAAAGUGUAAAAAGUGGUUAUCCACAGAUAAGAUUAAUUUUAAGGAGUUAGAAAAAAUUGGAAGGAAAAGAAUUCCUGAAGAUUGAAUUACAAUACUAUCUGAAAUGGAUUCAUUACAAUAUAUUUCUUUUUUAAAAAUAGAUGUUACACAAUGUCCAAAAAUUAUUAUUGGUAUCAAAGUUAUGGAAGAUUUAUCUGUUAAAAUAUGGCAAAAUGAAAUUUCGAUUGCUCUAUCAAAAUUUAAGUGGAUAUUAGGUGAUAGCAUGAAAUGUGAUCUGUGGAGCAAGUUUGUUUAAUUAAUUGAAUUCAUAUAAGUCAGAUAUGCAUCCAUUUGGAUUACUGAAUAUCUAGAAACUGAUCCAAAUUCCAGUCUUUCAAUGAAAUAAAGUUUUAUUUGUGAACAAAUAAAUCUUACAAUAAAAGUGCCAAAAUAAUCAUCAGAAACACUGAUGUUUUCUUGUAAGUUUUUUUCACAUAUCCUGCAGCAUACAUACUAAUUCAAAAUAUCUCAAUACUGAUACUGCCAAAUCCUGUUUAUCUUAAAAAAAAUGGUAAUGGAUUUAGGUCAUUAUUAAUCUGGAAUAAGUAAUUCACAUAUUACUUACCUGCAUGAAAAAUCUGAAAUUUUAAAUAAGGAAGAAUGCAUUGUGAAUUUAUUAUUUAAAUAAGGAAUAAUGCAUUGUGAGAUUUAUGUCAAACCCAAAUUAUUGUACAAAGGUGGUUGAAUUGAAGUAAUGUCAAAAAAUAUUGAAAACACCGAGGAAACUACAAUGCAAGUUUUUAUAAUAUCUUCAGUAUUUUCCAAAAACAAAGAUGUAGUUGCAUUAUUUCCCAUUAAAAAUUUAACUGGCAUAAAAUUACAUGUAGUGUG